AUGCAGAUCCACGUCGUCUCCAAAUCCAACAACGCCGAGCAUGUCGCCGUCUCCCUCAGCCAAGCGCUCGGCCCGUUACCUCCCUCGUCCAUCCGCGUGAAACCUCAGAUAGUAAGCCUGACAUCCAACAAUCUCAGUUAUGCGCGCGGUGGCCACGUUCUUCAGUGGUGGGACACCUACCCCAUUCCAUCAAAUUCGCCUGCCCCCUACAACGACCCGUCGGCGUGGGGAAUCGUGCCUGCCUGGGGAUACGGCAUUGUAUUAGAAAGCACGACGUCUCUUCGGCCAGGCACGCGACUUUGGGGGUUCUGGCCCACUGCUAAUACUCCGAUUGAUCUGACCCUUACUCCGGGUCAACUGGACGGCACAUGGAUCGAGACUAGUCCGCAUCGACAAGUCCUGAUGCCGCUGUACAAUCGCUACUUUGUUACGGACGAGCAGGAUAAGGAGCGGAUGGGCUGGUCGAGCGUUUUCAAUGGCAUCUGGCGAGCCGGAUAUCUGCUGAGCGAGUAUGUACUGAAUCCGCUGCAGCCGAUUCACCCGCUUGGUGUCAGCGCCGGACUUCCCUGGACGGCUGAGGACGCUGAUCUCUCGUCGGCACUGGUGAUCGCGUUGGGCGCAUCGACUAAGACAGCGCGCUCGUUCACAUACAAUUUCGCCAGACGGUCGACGAAUUUGCCGCUAGGAUAUCUGCUUGUGAGCUCCUCGCCGGGGCCCUUGGUUUCACCUGCAGCGAUCGCGGGAUUUCCCGUACGUGCGGUUUCUUAUGAUGAGCUGGAGAGAUCAGCAGGUUGGCUAGCUGACCACAACCCGGAGAAAUUGGUGAUUGUGGAUUUCGGGGGCAGAGACGAUAGUUUGCAUCGACUGUGCGAGGUUAUCAAGCAUUCUGAGGGCCUGAAGAACAGCAGGAGGGUAAUCAUUCAUGUUGGGAGCAAACAAAAGGUCUACACGAGCGAGGAAAUGCAAGCAUCGCGAAAUUCAAUGGUGGCUGAGGGCAAAAUUCAGUACAACACAUCCGGGGUGCAGGAUACCCUGCUGCAAAGUGACAGCCAAGAAGCCUAUCUCAGCGCCGUCAACAAGCGCUGGGAACAAUGGCUAGAUGAACGCAACAUCGCAAUUCCCGACAUGCGCCUCGUCUGGGGUAGCGGAGUUGAUGGACCGCAGGGCAUUGAGUGUGGUUGGCAGCGACUAUGUCAAGGCGACGUGAGAUCUGAAGAGUGUCUUGUGUACGAGCUCUAG